GCUUUCAAUUAUUCCACCAAAGAAAGAAAACAGUAGAUAAGGAAAAAAAACACCUCACAUACAACUCAGUAAUAUAUAGAUGGACAAGUUCAAUUGUUCAAGUACUUUCACAAAAAAGAGAAAUGGGAUCAUUGCACAAGGACCCAAAUGUUUUCCACUUUAGCCAUCCACAUCCUUUGGACUGUACCACCCCACCCUCCACAGAAAACAAUAAUAUUGUAAGCUGCUUUGGAUGCAAGCUAAAAGUUAAGCAUGGUGAAGACUAUUACCAGUGCAAAACAUGUGCUUUUUCUCUUCACCAUGUGUGCUACAAGAUGCCCUUGAUCACAAACCACCCUUCACAUCCAAGCCACGACCUAGUCCUUCUUGCUAUACCUUUAUCAUCAUCAUCACCUUACACCAAAGCCACCCUCAACUGCGUGGCAUGUGGGAACCAUGUCACGGGCUUUUGCUACCACUGUGCCGAAUGCAGCAUUUUCUUUCACUCGUUGUGUCUCGCACUUCCCGUGUCCCUCGAAAUCACCUUCCACCCCCACAAAAUCAAGCUUGAGUUUUCACCACCGUAUGAUUUCUUCUGUGACUUGUGCAACAAACCCAGUUACAAUAAUGGGUGGCUAUAUAGGUGCAACAUGUGUGAAUUCGAUACUCAUAUAGUUUGUGCCUUUGAAAACUUGGAGCCCCACUUGUUUCAAAACCCGUCUUUCCCUCAAUCAAGCCCUUUGUUAAGGCAACUCACGAGUUACCAAGUGGAACACAAAAGGGUUAGUGCAAGUGUUGGUGAUAGUUGCAAAGGGUAUGAGUACGAGAUCAUGAGUUUGGUGGCACAACAAAUUGGUGGGGGAAUCAGAGAAAAUUCUGAUGGUGCAGUCGUUGGAUGGGACAAGAGAUUAUAUAGUAGUCCAAGGAAAAAGCAUAACAAAACUGGGAGUGGGAAGAUGAAGAUUAUUAGUGAACUUGAAUUACAAGAAAAAGAACUAAGUCCUGCUGAACUUUUAUUGAAGUUAGAAGAAAGAACACCACUUCGGGAUAAAUUGACUCCACUUUCUGAUCAUUCGGAAACACCGUUUAGUAACCAAUAUAGUGACUCAUAUUUUUCAAUAGAUUUGGCAAAGUCAUAUUCAACCCAUCAUGGACGUAGAAGUCAGGUACCAAGAGAAGUUGGUAGUGACCAGAUAACUCGAGCUGUUACUAUGCCAGAGAGAGUAAUUGUAAGCAAUUCUGGACAACGUGAAGAACCAUUCGGUCUAGUUUAUUGGCCAUUCAACGAUUCAUACCAUGUGGGGCAACAGAAUAAGGUGAACAACGCAGCGUUUUACAUCAAAGAAGGACCAACUACUGAUUUUGGGAAAUCAACUUCAAGCCAGAGAAUCGUCAAGAAAAAUCCUAACCAAAGCAUUGCCAAAAGGUCUGUUGAUCAAGAUCAAACAAUUGCCAAAUCAGAGUCAGAAAGAUACAGCUGUUCUUGUUGGAGGAAGUUCCUAACUUGCUGCCUUUAAUUAGCACAAGCACGUGGAAGACACACGAUUUUUGGAGCACAGAAUAUGAAAUCUGUGAAUAAGUUGGUCUGCAAAUUUCACGAGAACAGAAAGCUAUAAAUAUGGCUAGACACACAAGUCUUACAACUUCACGUCAUGUUUACUUCGGCAAACAAAUUAAUAUAAGAACUAUAGAUGACUUUGUGUUAUUUACGUAGUAACAAAAUGGACAGAUCCGCUUUUGUGUUAGUUAUUUAUUGAUCAUUGAUUUAACAAUAUCUCCUUCACUUAUUAACAUUA